AUGAGGCUACACCGAUUGCACAUGUUGAUAUUAUUCUUAUUUCUUCCUAAUCGCAACGCCUUCGCCUCGAUUAAUAAGAGAAUCGUUCUGGCACAACCCACUGUCAUUUUGGUAUCGUAUGAUGGUUUCCGGUGGGACUACAUGGCGAAAGUUGAUACUCCGAAUUUGAAUUUUAUCGCAAGCAAUGGCAUCAAAGCGAAACACCUUCUCAAUACCUUUGUUACCAAGACAUUCCCGAAUCAUUUCACGUUAGUUACAGGACUUUUUGAGGAAAGCCAUGGGAUCGUAGCAAAUACGUUUUUCGAUCCUGUUUUCAACGACACUUUCUACUUAGAUGCCGUGUCAAAGCAUUACUUGGAUUCAAAAUGGUGGAACGGAGAACCGGUGUGGAUCACGAAUCAAAAAGCUUUUAAGAAAAGUGCUGUGGUGUUUUUGCCUGGUUCAGAAGUGAAAAUAGAAGGCCAGUACCCUACACACUAUUUACCCUAUAAUCGGUCACUUUCCUUCUAGAAACGACAGAUUAUUUAUGUACAAUGUUAGAGCAGGAUGAUCCUCCAAGCUUUAAUUUUUGGCCGCUUAUUUUAACGAGCCAGAUCACAGUGGGCAUAAAUUUGGCCCUAAUUCACCAGAGAUUAAAAGUGUUAUUCGUAGAAUGGAUAAUGUCACUGGAUAUCUGUUGGAAAGUUUACGAAAUCGAGGAUUGUUGA